GAUACAGGACUAGACCAGUCCUCUUCAGCAUUGUGAGGUCUCCUCUCUGAGAGUUAUAAUGAGUUAUCAUCAGGGGGCUGAGGGUGGAGCCAUCCCUAAAGAAAGAUGUAAGGAUGGGUCACCAUACAAGGAUCUUGAUGAGACCAUGGACCCUGAUAUGAGGCCUUGUACUACUAGGGACCCUCCAGAGAGAGCAGAGUCUAUUUCCUCUGGUUUUCUAUCUAUGAAGAGUGAGCAAUCCAUGGAUUUCCCUCUUAAUUUCAAAGGAGCAGACUCUCUACGAAACAAAUGGCCAGGAGUGAUGGUCUGUGAUAUCUGCUCUGAGGUCCAAGCUGUGAAGUUCUGUCAGACCUGCAGUGUGUCCUACUGUGAGACCCACAUCAGACAACACUAUACAAUAGCAACACUGCAGAGACACACACUGGUGGAUGUGACUGGAGACCUGGGGCUGAAACUCUGUCAACAUGUCUACAGUCCUCUGGAGGUGUUCUGUAGGACAGACCAGAUGAUGAUCUGUAGUCAGUGUGCAGAGACAAACCACAAAGGACAUGAUACCAUCCUCCUUGAGAAAAAGAAAGCAGGAAGACAGCGUAAGAGUUUUGAUGGCGACAAACAGAAAAUGCUGGCCUCAGAUGAUGUGCUGCCCCCUCCUGGUGACUUCCAGGUCCUGUUGCUGACGUCAGACUCAGUGUCUCUGAGCUGGAGUUCUCCUCAGGGGGUUAAAGGACCCCACAAGUUCAGGGUCAUCUGGGAUUGUGAUGGGGAAACAAGCUCAACAAGAGUGAAAGGCGGGUAUCAUCUUAAAAUAAGCAGUCUCCAACCUGGUGAAAAGUACCAGUUCAGUGUGUCCACAGAGGGAGAAGAUGGAAGACAAAGCAGAUGGAUCUCAGCAUCUGUAUUCACAGUGGUUCCACCCAGAGACUUAAAGGUAGACAAUUUGAAAUAUACCUCCUUCACUCUCCACUGGACUAAGGCUGAAGGAAUGGAGAAAGUUCCACAACGCUUCCUCAUAUCCUACUGCAGCUCAGCAACAGACCUCCAUGCAGAGAAUACUGAAGACUGUCACACAACAUUCUCAAACCUGCAACCUGGUACUGAGUACACUGUCAGCAUCUCAACUGUGCUGAACAAUGGGGAAGAGAGUGAACCUGUCUCUACAACCAUCUGCACUAUACUUCCUGCUCCAGACCAGCUGACUGUUGACUCAGUGGACACCACAUCAGCUGCUGUUAGCUGGAACCAGCCACCAGGAUUAGACCAAACCCAACAUCAUUACCAGAUCUCCUACCACUGUCCAGGGACAGAACCACACAUCACUACCACAUCUUCACACAGCAUCACUCUCUCUGACCUGCAACGUGGUACUCAGUACUCUGUCACUGUCUGCACUGUGCUGGAAAAUGGAAAGAAAAGUCAACUGGUGUCAACAACCCUCACCACAGGAUCCUGUCUCAUGGAGCUGUUGUCAAAGACUGGACUAGAAGAUCAUUAUGAAAACAAGCUGACGUUAAGUACUGUCCUUGAGAUAAAUGCUGAUACUACAUCAGAUGAACCUCUUACCACUAUGCAGUCACUUCCAGGGGCCUUCCUGAAGAAGUUAAUGAUGGCAAAUGUGAAUGCUAGGAGUGUCAAAUGUCUGAUCACUGACCAGGAGGCUUCCUAUGAUGAUGUAGACAACCUGGACACUGACUCUGAUACUAGUGAUGUCAUUAAUCCACUGGACCUGAUCACAGCCCUGUUUCUGUGUUCAGAUGGUUUCCUGCAGCAGGAGAUGGUCCAGAAAAUGUCCAUGUGUCAGUUUGCUGUUCCUCUGCUGCUGCCCAACUGUGACACAGAACAAAUCACUUUGAUGCUGUGGGCCUUGAGGGACAUAGUGAAGAAGUUUAGAUCCUCUUCCCAAACAUCCACAAAGGCUUUUGUGGAGGACAGACUUGUUGUCUCUGAUAUUCCUAUGGUGUCCUUUGUUAGGAUAGGAGAGAGUAGCUUGUCCAAGUCUCAUAUUUUGAACAAGUUGUUUAGUAACCCUCAACAGUACCAUGACACUUUUGUUCAUCAUGAUAUGGAAUGUGGAGAUGUCCCUUUGCAAAUCUCAGAUGGUCUGGUUGAAAUAAGCUGGUACUUUCCCUGUGGGAACAAAAACACAGACAUGUUCACCAAGCCUGUGGUGGUGGCCAAUCUCAGAGGAGACAUCAGGUCCUUUGAAACACAGUUCUCCUUUCUGUGUCAAACAUCAGCUGCAGUUUACAUUUUCACUGAUGAUUUCGAGGCCGAUCUCAAGGUUUUGGAAGGAAAAAUCACAAAAGCAGAGUUAUUUCUGGUUGUCAACUCUCAGAAUAAAACAUUCAGGGUGGACACAUUGAAGAAAAUAAUCACAAACUACAGUAUCAACCCAACAAAUGUGAUUGUGAAGAAGAAGAAAAAUGAUGUACAAUUAGUCAAAACCCUGCAGUCCUCUGUGGGUGACAUCAUUGAAAAAAGUAAAAACAGAUUGACAAUUGAAAACAUGGUUGACGAGGCUCAUCAGUUUGGGAUUCUGGUUGAUGAAGACAGGGAUGAGUGUCAAAGUGCCAGGAAGACAGCAGAUGACAUCACCAGGAACAUCACAGACACAAUGAAAUUCAAACAUGAACAACUACCCUUACAAGGAACAAUCUGGAAAGAGCUUUCCCAGUUGGAGAAAGAGAGAUGUAGACUGAGAAAAGCAGGGGAUAAAGACAUUGAACACUACAAGAGCUCUCUGAAGAAAAAGGAGGAAGAGCUGAGAGAGAAGCAAAAUAAAUGUGACAUGUCAGAUGCAAUGGCAAGCUUCAUUUUAGGAUUGUCAGGUUCAGGAGCUGACCGUUCCUAUUUCCUCAAAUGGAUGCGGAUAAAUCUGGACAAUCUGUCACGGCAGAACCUGUCUGCUUUGCGGGACCGGUACAAAGAUCUUUGCCAAAAUUCUCCCGAGAAAAAAUACCAAAUUAAAGAUUUGGAUAAGCAAUUAUCUGACUGUUCCUUGGGACUUGAACACUUCCUGCGUGAGUUGGGCCAGUUAUAUGAGGCUUCCUGCUCCCUUCCUGAAGACAGCCCUCAAAGGAAACGGAUGGAGCAUCUCCCUGGAUUGUGUGCUCAGAUGCUGUUGGAUGGUUUCCCCAUUGAGCUUGUGGAUGGAGAUGCAUCAAAUAUCCCUCUGACAUGGAUAUCAGCUGUUCUGACUCAGCUUCAUACUCUUGUGGACUCUAACAGCAAGAUCCGGGUUGUGACAGUUUUAGGGGUCCAAAGCACUGGGAAGUCCACUCUCCUCAACACCAUGUUUGGGGUCCAGUUUGCUGUCAGCAGUGGAAGGUGCACCAGAGGGGCCUUCAUGCUGCUGAUUAAAGUCAACAAAGAACUCAAGGAGGAGCUGAAAUGUGACUUCAUCAUGGUCAUUGACACGGAGGGGUUGAAAUCACCAGAGUUGGCUCAACUAGAUGAUAGUCAUGAACAUGACAAUGAACUGGCAACGCUGGUGAUAGGACUCAGUGAUGUCACUAUCAUCAACAUCGCCAUGGAGAACUCCACAGAGAUGAAAGACAUUCUACAGAUUGUUGUUCAUGCUUUUAUCAGGAUGAAGGAAGUGGGGAAGAAGCCGAUAUGUCAUUUUGUGCACCAGAAUGUGUCAGACAUGUCUGCUCAUGACAACAACAUGAGGGACAGAAAGAAGUUGCUGGAACAGUUGAAUGAAAUGACCCAGGCAGCAGCCAGAAUGGAGAAGAAGGAGAAUAUCACCAAGUUCACUGAUGUGAUGGAGUAUGAUCCAGACACAAGCAGCUGCUACAUCCCAGGACUCUGGCAUGGGACUCCCCCUAUGGCUCCAGUCAAUGUUGGAUACAGUGAGGCUGUGUAUGAUUUAAAAAAGAGCUUGAUGCAAGACUUAAUCAAAUGCCAGAGUAAUGAUGACAUGACACAUUUCUUGAAGUGGACACAAAGCUUGUGGGAGGCAGUGAAGUUUGAGAAAUUCAUCUUCAGUUUCAGAAACAGCUUGGUUGCAGUUGCAUACUCCAGAUUAUGCUCUGAAUACAGUGGUUGGGAAUGGGCCUUCCAGAAAAAUAUGUAUUCCUGGAUGGUGGGUGCUGAAACUAAAAUAUCCAAUAUUAUCAUGACAGAUCAACAUCCCCAGAGGUCCAUAAGAGAUGUGCUACAAGACUUGAUGAUAGAAGCAUCUAUGAAGAUGUCAUUGGGAGAAAAGGAAAUUCAAGACAAUCUAGUGAAAUACUUUGAAAAGCAAGAUGGCCAUGUCAAUCUGGUGGAAAAAUACAAGGAGGACUUUAUGUCCAGUGCCAAAACACUGAGACGAGAGACAGAAAACACAGUGAAGAACAAACUGCAAGGAGCUGUUGAGAUCAAAGAGGGGAUGACAGAACUGAACAAAAUCAAGAGUUCUCAGACAAGUACAAUGGAAAAGAAGGUUCUGACUCUGCUACAGAACUGUAAAAAGAAAGAAUCUGUUCUAUCAGAUGCGGCCCUCAGUGAAGAGUUUGAAAACAUGUGGAAGGAAACUCUGUCUGAGAUAUACUUCAAAGGACUCCCUAGAAGAGAUGUGGCUCAAGAUGCCUUCCUUAUGUUAAAUGGUAAUCUGUCAACAAGGGGUGGGCAUGUCAAUAGUAUGUUGGUUAGAAACAACCUGGUGGAUUGUGGUAAAAGAGAAUUUUCUGUGGAAUCUGAGGGUUUAGGGAAGAUAUUUGGGGGCUUAGUUAAGCACUGGGACACCAACCAUUACAGGAAGAAACUACUAGAGUUGUGUGAUGACAUCAUAACACAGUGUCAGUUGUUUAUAACCCAGAAGGUGGAAAGCAAAACAGAUUACCAUGAUACUUACAUCAAAGAGCUGCUGAACAAGAUUGAUGUUACAUUACAACAACACAAGAAUGUUAAAAUCAGUGAGGAAUGUGAGGUUUCUCUGAAGCUACACAUCUGUGGCAGAGCAGCCAUAGAGUUUCAGAAGAUGCAUGAUGAUUUUAUUGAAGUCAAUGACCCAAGGAAGUGUCUGGAACAGUCUAAGAGCAAGUACCUUACUGAGUUCAGAGACUUGUUUCAUAACCGAGACCAGUGCCUUUAAGAAAGCUGAGGACUUCACAAAGCUCUGUCUACAGCCAGCUGUACAGGACUAUGUGACCAAAAUGAUUGGUCCUGAUGUGGUUGAUGAAGUGAAGACAGGUGAAGGGUCAGAGGAUUACAGCACCCGAGGGGCUUUCAAGUUCUCCAUUUUAAAACAACUCCUGACAGAUGGAGAAUAUGAGAAAUGUAAAGGGAACAUGAUCUCCCAGAGGACUGGAAGGCAUUAACAACUCAUGAUGUAAUGAAGAGCUUGAAAGAGCAUUUCAACAUGAAAUAAAGUGGAGUUCUACUGUAUAUAAUUACUCUUGUUCACCAACAUGUUACCAUAUAACUGAACAUUCAAAGACUUGACAACCAGAAAUAACUCUCAUGACAUGUCACAGAUUCAAACUGUAAGGAGCCAGUCGCCCAGACUUGUUGAAAUAAUGUGCAGAUCUGGAAAUACACAACUGGAUCACAGAAAGUCAUAUUUACAAUUACAUUCAUAAACUAUAUGACCUGUUAGCAAUAUACAGAUCUGAUGUUCCAUAAUGAAAUAGCUAACAUGUUGAGUUGUAUGUCAAAGGAACACAAUAUUCUAAUCUAAGUACAUCUAUACAACUCAUGAUGUAGUAAGAAAAUCAUUAUUAAUAAAUGUAGUAAUCAAACACAUGGAAGAAAAGUAAAUGUGACCAUCAAUAGGUUAACCAACAGAUUGAGCCUUUUUGACCUUAUUAACACAAUAUACAGGUAACUAAUGAGCUAGUCUGACAUUGUUUAUUUUAAAUUUUCUUUCCAUCUGUCCUACAGUAGGGCUUGAUAUGCCUUAAUCCCAGAUUAUGAAGGAUCAUCAUUUAGUGGUGGACUUUCCCUUUGUGUUUAUUUGUUAUUUGACCUUUUACUUUUUCAUCUUAAUGUCAUUUUUUAUGUAGAGAAUAAUUUGUGGUUUCAUAUACAGGUUUUACACAUGUAUUGGUCUCUUAAAUAAUUUACUUCAAGAAUGAUUACUACGUAGACUUUAAAUCUGUUUUUAAUGGAUCACACCUUCUAAUAGUGAUUUGUUCAAUGACUUCAUUGCUUUGAAGACAUUAGUUUGGAUACAGUGUAAUUCAUAAUCAGUGAACAUCAGUAAUGCAACUUCAUUAAAACUCUUCAUGGAUGCUUGAUAUACACUACCGUUCAGAAGUUUGGGGUCACUUAGAAAUGUCCUUGUUUUUGAAAGACAAGCAAUUUUUUUUGUCCAUUAAAAUAACAUCAAAUUGAUCAGAAAUAAA